AUGAUUAUCUGCACUACAACAACUUGGCUGCAGCAGUCCUCUUGUGAAAUUAAACCGUUCAAAAUACGAUUGUGUCUCAUUAUCCGAACCACCAGAUAUGUAUACAUUUCUCUGUCGUGGCUCAUAAAUUACUCUAGGAGUAUUUCUCGGUAGAACAACUCUAACUACCCCUAUUUCACCUGUUACAGUUGCAGGGCGUAUUUCUCCACUAUCCACACGUAGCACAUGUCUCGUUUUAGGUCUGUCAAUGUUCACUCUUACCCUUCCACUGAAUCCUUCUGCACCAG